CUUGUCCUUUGAAUGAGACUCACCCUGAACUUAUCCACACCCCCAAAUAGAUAGAAACCUUUUCAGCGAGAUGAAUAGGUUUUUUUUUUUUAUAAUUUUUUUGUAUGACACAGAUAAAUAGAUUUGAUAAAGAGUUAAUUUAAUAGAAAACAUUUUAAAAAAUCUUAUUUACUAACAAGGUAAAUAUUAAAAAAUAAAUCUUUUAAAAAAGAUUUUGAAUAAAAGUAAUUAUAAAUAUGUCAAAUUAGUUGAUGAGGUUGCAGUCUUCAAAUGAACAAAGUAGAUGGGUAAGUGAUUCACGUAUUCCUUUUCAAAGAAAAAAAAAAUUUAUUGAAAUAAUAUCGUUGAUCAAUCAUAAAUGAAUGAAAAAAAAAGAGCAAAGAUGAGUCACGUGACAUUACACGUGCUUUAAGGCUUUAAUGAGUUGGGGGUUUUAGGUUCCCUCUCUUCUUCCCUAAAACCCUUUCUUUUCACCGAGCUGCAAGUAGAGUCAGCAACCGUACAGUUCCAUUCAUGAAAUGACACAUUUCUUCUUCGAUUCUCACUCCCAAAACCUGAAUUCUAAAUCUAACCCUAACCCUAACCAUAAUUCUGGUCCAAUCCACCAUGAAUCCUUUCUGUGCAAGAGCCAUCUUCAUCUUCUCUUCACGCUCUGUCUUCAUCAAUUCAACCAACAAUGUUGAAAUUAUCCAACACGGCCUAAGAAUCUCCCAUUUCUCAACUACCUCAAGCCCAUUUCACUCUUCAUCAUCUUCCUUUUACCCGUCGCGACGCCAGGAAGAAGAGAGCCGAAACGUGAGGGUUUCGGUAUGGUGGGACUUCGAGAACUGCACAGUACCAGCUGGUGUGAACGUAUUCAAAGUCGCGCAAAGCAUUACUGCUGCAAUUAGGGCAAAUGGAAUGAAGGGACCGAUUCAAAUCACGGCCUUUGGCGACGUGGUGCAGCUGUCGAGGUCGAACCAGGAAGCCUUGUCAUCCACGGGCAUCAAUCUCAAUCAUAUUCCUCGUGGUGGAAAAAACAGUGCUGAUAGGUCUCUUCUUGUUGACCUUAUGUAUUGGGUUUCUCAAAAUCCUCCACCAGCACAUCUUUUCAUCAUUUCUGGUGACAGGGAUUUUGCUACCAUUUUACACCGGUUAAGAAUGAACAAUUACAAUAUCUUACUUGCUAGUCCAGAAACUGCUCCUGGUGUCCUCUGUAGUGCUGCAAGUAUUAUGUGGUGCUGGAAUGCCUUGGUUAAGGGGGAAAACCUUACUGGUAAGCAUUUUAAUCAACCCCCAGAUGGUCCUUAUAAUUCCUGGUAUGGCCAUUAUAAGGUGCCUCUUGAAGACCCAUUUUCAGUUGCUGAGCAGCCAGCUUUUUCACGGGCUGAGGAGCUGCCAGAGUCUGGUGCAGAUACUAGACUUCGUCCAGUUCCAAAAGUAGUUGUGAAGCAGAUUCGCCAUAUUUUAAAUUCAUACCCCAGAGGGAUCUCCAUUACAGAUCUUCGUUCAGAGUUGUCAAAGGGUAAUGUGUGUAUAGAUAAAGACUUGUAUGGUUAUAAAAAGUUCUCCCGCUUUCUUCUAUCAAUGCCACAGAUUUUAAAGCUUCAAUCUGGGAGUGAAGGCCAGUUUUCCGUAUGUGGCAUUGCCCCAAGAGUUCCCGAACCAGUUGAGUCCCCUCCAGUCAAUGCUACAGGGGCUGUUACUAAUAAGGGAGAGCCAGAUUUUACAAUAACUCCUAAAUUAAAUGGUCAAAACAGCUCUACUGCUAAAGUUGUAUCUGAGAAGUCAUCACAGGUUCCAUAUUCUGAAGUCAAUGUCAAGAAGCCUCCAACAAAAGUGCAAGAGCAGCAAACAAAAGUGCAAGAGCCACAAACAAAAGUACAAGAGCCGCAAACAAGAGUGCAAGAGCCGCAAACAAAAGUGCAAGAGCUACCUCCACUCAUCGAGAAGGAAAAUAAUGCUGGGAUAACUGAGAGGUAUUUACAUUCUGAGGAGGAAUAUUGUUCUAUAUCCGAAUUAGGAUUCUUCAAAAAGAUAUGGAGGAAAUGGUUUGGUGGUAAAGGUUGUUCUUCUGAGAAGAAAAGUUGUAGCAUACAAGAGAAGAGUUCUUCUGGUGGGAGCCCUGCGAGUACAAGAGCUGAAGAAAUACAUGUGAAGUCAACAAGUCAGAAGAGUGCCGAUCCUGUUGCUGUAGCUUCUUUUCCUUCAUCUAAUAAUGAAGCAGAGAUGAAAGAAAAGACUGAUGAAAGCUCUGAAUCCUACGAUUAUAAACCCAGAGGGGAUCCUGGAUUUUUUAACCAAAUGAUGAGCUGGUGUAAGUUUUGGAGGAGCCCUAACUCCAAUAGUUCAAGUGAACAAUCUUGUGAGAAUUUAAACCAGAAAACCAUUGAUUCUGGAAAGCAAGAAAUCUUCUUAAAGGGAUCUUUCUGGAAUGACAUGCAAGCAUUUUUUGAUACACCCAAAGGUUUAACGCUUAUCUUGCAAUCAAGGACUAGGGAACAGAUGGCACAAAAUCUGCAAAAAUGUGGGCCUUCGGCUCUGAGCUCUCUUGGCGAAAGUGAUCUUCUUCACCUGGUGGACUUACUUAUCUCGGAGAAGAACUGGGUGGAGGAAUGCCCCUCCCAAAAUUAUCCUUUCAAAUUCAGUUCGUCUUCUGGAAAGAGAUCCUCUUCUGGUAGUCUGUACAGCUCAAAUGGGUUAAGAUCCGUCAUUUCAAGAGAAACAUCGCAGUCUAGUCCACAGAGACUACCACAACACACUGGAGAGAAAAGACACCAAAAUUUUCCCUAUGCUGGGAUUAAUCAACCGGUCAUUAACAAGAAGCUCUCUGACAAGUCCAGAAGUGAGAUAUUAGGGGACUGUCAGAAGCUUGUGGAUUAUAUUGCAGAGGAAUAUCCCGAAGGAUUCAAGAUGGGCUCAUUUAGGAAACUGUUUCUUGAGAGGUACGGCUAUUCUCUGGAUUUACAGAAACUUGGUUACCAAAAAUUGGCUACACUGUUGCAAAUAAUGCCUGGGGUUAAAAUAGAGUCUAGUUGCAUUUUUCCUUCUGGUAAAGUUUCAAAAAGACGCAUUAAAGAAACUGUUGAUGCUAAUGUUCAAGAAAAUAUUGUCAAUGGUGCAGUCACUAAUUUUUAUAAUGAAUUAUGUGAUGCAUCAAGGAAGGAUGAUGAUCUUGAAUCUCCAUGGGAGGAACUUGGGCCUGUUGCCAAUGCAAGUCCCAAGAGAAAUGGAAUGGAAAUGGGGUUGAGUAAGAACGUAAAAGAUGUACUUGCAGGACAGAUGCACCAUGAUUAUGAAACGUUAUCAGAUGAUGACUUGUCUGAUUCGGAAGAUGAAACCUCAUCCUUAACAGGAUCCGAAGGGCGAGGCAGACCUAGAGAAAACGAGGAAGAUAGCUCAUUGUUAAAGAUUCUCGACUCAUGGUAUAGCAGUAGAAAGGAAAGCAGUGGAAAGAAUGGGUCAGAAAAUGUAGAUGGAGUGAUGGAUUGGUCCGGGGAUGGUUUAAAGCCAUCUGGUGCAUCUGGAGUUGGCAUCAAAACUGAAACUUCUGUAGUACACUGCGGACGGAAGCAAAGACCUUUUAAGAAUUAUUCUUUUGUUGCAGAGCAACCUGAGGAUAACAAAGACAAAUUGAUUGAUGGUAUUUUAGGCAGCUUAAAGAAAUCAGGUGAGUCAAGGAUCAAUGGCUGAAGGGUUUUUAAGCAUAGCUUAAAAUAAAAAGUGCGUCUUGGCACUUCAAAUGAAACUUUUGAAAUAGAGGGAUUAAAAAAUGAGUAGACAAUAUAAUCUCACAUGGUAUAUCAUUGCAUUUUGCUCAUGCUAUCAAUAGUAUUAGGGUUGAUAACGAAUGUUGAGGCACGAUGAUGUGGAUGAUUCUUGCUGUGGAGAAGAGAAAAUUUAUUGUGUUCCCCAUUAUUUGUUACUACUUUUAGAUUUCUCUCCUUCAGACAGUCCUAGCUUGAGUCUCCGUUGUAGCUGAUGAUUAUUUAUUGCUACUUGGAUAACAUUCAGGUCCUUCAGGAUUUUGGUGGUUACCAGUUCUGAGUUGAAUUUGCAACAACUAUAAGUUUGAUUCUGUAUUUUGUC